GUCAGCAAGGACUCGGUAAACUCGAAAAGCAGUUAAACGUACAAGAUGGCGGGGAGCGAGCAGCGAUAGAACAUCUUGCCGCUAGAAGUCGCCUGCCUGAAUUGCUCCGAGAAGGUCAAUCGGACAUUCUUCUCCAAAUCGUGCCUAAUUUCAUCGGCUUCGUUGACGACAUCGGGGUGGUCUUCUGGCUUUUGGGAAAGACGAGCAAUGACGGAACGAGCUUCAUCCCAGCGUCCCUUUUCACCGAGCCAGCGAGGAGAUUCCUUCUCAAAGAGCAUGGUCACGACGAGGAGGAUUCCGGGAAUGUGCUGCAAGGCGAAGGGGAUACGCCAGAUCUUGGAAGAUGGGUUGGCAUCUCCAAUGUCGAGGAGCAAGCCGUAGUUGAUCCAGAAGGAAAUAGCGAUACCGAUGACGAUGAAUAG